UGCAGCUCCUUGUUUUCAGCAGGUUCCUCACUUGCUUUGGUCCUGGUGUCACAUCAGCUGUAUUCUCUUCAGACAAAUUCAUUUCUACAGGGACUGAGCAACAUGAAAAGGAUGACGUGGUGGCUACGCUGUUUGCUGGUCCAGUCUUUGGUGUCUCCUUUUAUCACAAAUAACACAAACAGUACUGAACUUACACGCAGGCAUUUUGAUACAACCCCAGCGGUGCAAGACAAGACCGACGUGCGGAGGUGUUGCAAGUCAGACCAGAUGUCCAACGGGCACGGCCAAAAUCAUUCCAGAUGUUGUAUGGAUGAGGUCAACAACAUUUUCAACAAUCAAAAAGAUAAAGAUAAAGACACUAUCGGAGCCGUGAAACGCUUACAACAAGUUCUAGAGGAAACAGAGGUGAAUGAGACUACGUCCAUUUCUGCCAGCCAUUUUGUGGCCCUCCUGCACAAACCCCAGAGACCCUUCAGAGGCCUCAACAUAUAUGCUAGUGAGAGUAAGGCAAUGUUAGACAAGACUUUCACCAACAGCACAGUGAGCGUUCAACUGCCGGGAGAGUUGAAUGUUGGAUGGAACAACACGAUUGUGUUCUGCAUGAUUACCUCACCUGAAACUAAUUGGACCACAUGGGGAGCCUCAGAUCUGUAUGAGGGCAGACUGGUUGGACUGAGUGUGCGCGGCAAGAACAUUACAGGACUACAGGAGCGCGUCAACAUCACCAUGACUCUUACUAUGGGCAUAAAUGAGACCCAAAAACCCACUUGUGAGUUCUUCAAUUUUACAACAAGUGACUUCAGCAGUAAUGGCUGUCUUACCCUUUGGGAACGUGAUGAAAGUCAAAUCACCUGCUCCUGUGACCACCUCACAUACUUUGGUGUGCUCCUGGUAGAUGCUAUCCUCCCUCCUACUGACCUGAAGAUUCUGACACUCAUCACUCAGAUUGGCUGUAGUCUUUCUCUUUUUGCCCUGGUCAUCACUGUUCUGCUCUUCAUCUCGAACAGAAAGAUCAGAGCAGAUGUCUCUAUGAGGGUCCACAUCAACCUCACCAUUGCCCUGAUUCUCCUCAACCUGCACUUCCUCCCAAGUCAGUCGGUGGCAGCACAGUCCUCCUCUGGGCUUUGCAUUUACAUGGCCCUUGCUCUUCACUAUUCCCUGCUGGCCACUUUCAGCUGGAUGGGCCUGGAAGGGUUCCACAUCUACCUUCUCCUUGUCAGAGUCUUCAACAUCUAUGUCAGGAGAUACUUGCUCAAACUCAGCUUGGUGGGAUGGGGUAUCCCUGCAGUCAUCGUGUCCCUGGUGGUGAUCAUAGACAGAGGCACAUAUGGACGUGUCUUUCUGGACUUGUCUAACUCCAACAGCAAUGCAAUAUGCUAUAUAGUCAAUAACACAGUGAAGAUGGUGACUACAGUGGGAGUGUUCUGCUUGGUGUUCGCCUUUAACAUAAUCAUGUUAGGGGUGACAGUCCGACGUGUGGUGAGCUUCCGCCAGCGCAAAGAGUUUGGGCAGAGUGACAGUGACAGAGCCAAGCGGGACAUCUGUACCCUGCUGGGAGUCACCAUUCUGCUUGGCAUUACCUGGGGCCUGGUCUUCUUCUCAUUUGGCUACCUGACCAUUCCUGGCCUCUACGUCUUCUGCAUCCUGAACUCACUGCAAGGUUUCUUCAUCUUCCUGUGGUUUUUGAUGUCUUUGAAAAAGACUGGAAACUCUGCUAAGACGAGCAGUGAAACACCUAGCACCAACAACUAAACCUAAACCCGACAUACGAAGACAUAUUUCUUUUGUGUCUGUGUAUAUUGGGAGGAUUCAUUAUUUCAUAAUCAUUAUUUUGAUGUUUUUGUAUAACACUAUUAUUUCUGCUUUACAUUAUGUUGUUUUCAUGUGCAACAAUAUCGCUUAGAAGCAAAUAUGCUUGCUAGCGCUAACUACUGUAGGUAACAUUUAUGUUAAAUGUGAAAUAUUUUAACAACUCACAGUUUUAGUGCUAUUUCUAAAGUUUUCCCAAUCCCAAUGCCCUGGUGUUUAUUUUAGUCCUUUCAUUGGAUUUGUUGACAAUAAAAUAAUCUAGAUCAUCA